UGUUCAUUCUAUGUAUUACAUUUCUAUCUACAUAUUCUGAACCAGGCUUUGCGCAUGCUCUGUGAAUCAUUAUCUACCCACUCAAUAUUGCAACAAGACUGAAAUAAUUCAAACGGUUCAAGAUGACGUCAUGGAGCGACCGCUUACAGAACUUUGCAGACCUCCCAGCCAACAUGGACGGCUUGGCCAUGAAGAAGUAUCGGCGUGAGGCCUACCACAGAGUUUUUGUGAACAGAAGCUUGGCAAUGGAGAAGAUUAAGUGCUUUGGUUUUGAUAUGGACUACACUCUGGCAGUGUAUAAAUCACCUGAGUACGAGUCGCUGGGAUUUGACCUGACCGUGGAACGUCUCGUCCACAUCGGUUACCCACAGGAGCUGCUCAACUUUGUCUACGACCCCGCUUUCCCCACCAGAGGCCUGUUGUUUGACACAAUGCACGGGAAUCUGCUCAAGGUCGACGCAUACGGCAACAUCCUGGUCUGUGCCCACGGCUUCAACUUCAUGAGGGGGCCUGAGAUCAGGGAGAUGUACCCCAACAAGUUUAUCCAGCGUGGAGACACUGACCGCUUCUACAUUCUGAACACACUGUUCAACCUCCCAGAAACCUACCUCUUUGCUUGUCUGGUUGAUUUCUUCACCAACUGCCCCAAAUACACAAGCUGCGAGACUGGCUUUAAGAAUGGAGACCUCUUCAUGUCCUACAAGAGCAUGUUCCAGGAUGUCCGUGAUGCUGUGGACUGGGUCCACUUGAAGGGAUCUUUGAAAGAAAAAACGGUUGAAAACCUGGAAAAGUAUGUGGUCAAGGAUGGGAAGCUCCCUCUACUCCUGAGUCGGAUGAAUGAAGUGGCCAAGGUGUUCCUGGCCACCAACAGUGACUACAAAUACACAGAGAAAAUAAUGACAUACCUGUUUGACUUCCCCCAUGGUCCAAAGGUGGGAAUGCCCCAUCGGCCCUGGCAGUCCUACUUUGACCUGAUCUUAGUAGAUGCCCGCAAACCCGUGUUCUUCGGAGAGGGGACAGUGCUACGGCAGGUCGACACAACCACAGGCCGGCUGAAGAUUGGCACAUACACAGGACCACUGCAGCACGGCAUCGUGUACUCUGGAGGUUCCUCUGACAUAGUGUGUGACCUGCUGGGGGCCAAAGGGAAGGACAUAGUAUACAUUGGGGACCACAUCUUUGGGGACAUCCUCAAGUCCAAAAAACGCCAGGGAUGGAGGACCUUCUUGGUGAUCCCUGAACUCGCUCAGGAGCUGCACGUGUGGACUGACAAGAGCUCUCUGUUUGAGGAGCUCCAGUCUCUGGACAUCUUCCUGGCAGAGCUCUAUAAAAAUCUUGACAGCAGCAGCAACGAGAGACCUGAUAUCAGUUCCCUCCAGCGCAGGAUCAAGAAAGUGACCCAUGACAUGGACAUGUGCUAUGGGAUGAUGGGCAGUCUGUUCCGCAGUGGCUCCAGACAGACUCUCUUUGCGUCACAGGUGAUGCGCUAUGCUGACCUGUACGCUGCCUCCUUCAUCAACCUCCUCUACUACCCAUUCAGCUACCUGUUCAGAGCAGCACACGUACUGAUGCCCCAUGAGUCGACGGUUGAGCACGCCCACGUGGACAUCAACGAUACCGAGUCGCCCCUGGCAACGCGUAACCGCCACUCCGUGGACCUGUUGGAGUUAGACUGUAAGAGGCACCAGCUGACCCGCUCCAUAAGUGAGAUCCAGCCCCCAAACCUGUUCCCACAGACCCCCCAGGAGAUCACCCACUGCCACGACGAGGAUGAUGACGAGGAAGAGGAAGAGGAGGAAGAGUAAGCAGGGAGAGGAGGCUCACCAAAGGGUAGACUUUUACUUUAGGGACAGAUCUAGCAUCAGUUUAGUGUCUAGUGGCAAACUCCUACUGCUCCAGGAGGGUGUAUAGCGCGUAGUGUUGUGUAGUUAGCUAGGUAACUGAAUAUCCCCAGCAAAGGGAUUGGAGUAAGUGUCAGGAUUAGGGUAAGGGUUACACAGAUUUUAGUUGUACCGUUUGUAUAUAUUUCUCAGCACAGGCUAUGUAAAUGUUGUUUGUUUUGUUCUUUUUGCUUGGUGAAGUUUCCAGAGAAGUUUCCAGAUGGAGCUCUUCGGACCACACCUAAGAGACUGAUGGUGACUUGGCCCCCCUAUCAUGCCUGCACUGACCUGGCAUCAUUAUGCAGUCAGUAUCACAUACUUGAGCUGUGCACGCAUAGUCUUGAAAACCCCACCCUAGGCAACACAGUGACCAGGGUCUGGUUUCAAUGGUGGACUCAUUUGGCAUAGAGCAGGGAUGGGCCACAUUGAUUGGUGUGGGGGCCACUUUGAUUGGUGUGGGGGCCACAUGAGGCGCCGUUGCUAGCAGGUCUGCAUACCCACAUAUGCAUAGCCCUUUUCCCACCACAUUGCAAGCAAAACAUUUUUGCAGCCCCCCUCUUGACACCAAAGAGUUAAUUUUGUGCAAUUCUACACAUUUUGUCAUGGGGCGUAGAGAAAAUGUUGCAGUUUUAAAGCAAGUUUGCUGCAAUUCUAUACAUUUUGCCGGGGAGGUAAAUUGAUCCAAAGGACUUCAAAGGGGAGCGGCCCGCCAAUUGCCAAUCCCUGGUAUAGAGGAGCUACGUCACUGCCUAUGUCGAUAAGGGAGGGAAAAAUCUGGGGCUUUCCCAACAAAAACAAACUUUGCAGUGCUUUUAGUUAAGGAUGCAAACGGGCCAUGUGAAAUUCACUCAUUUAAAAAGAACCGCUAUGAUCUUCAUCUUGCUAGCUACUAUUUUGUAUUUUAUUCAAGUUGAUAAAGCUGUGACGUAGGCAAUGAUGUUGUUCCUCUAUGCCAAAAGUGUCCAUAAUUGAAACAAGACCCAAGCCUAGGGUCGGAUUUUCCAGACUAAUGCACUUACGCUGCCCUGCUACUGUCCCCUAGCUGUGAGUGGUGUGCCUUUUAGUUUGUUUUACUGAAUGAAACUGUUCCCUUGGUUAAAGAUGCACUAUGCAGAAAUCGCUCUGCCAUUUCCUGGUUGCUAAAAUUAGAAUAGUUUGCCUAAUGUAUAUGUGACGAAACAAGCAAGUUUAGUGUAUAGAAUCAUUGUACCAUGUAAUCCGCAGUGAGAUAUAUUUUCCAUAACCAAAAAUAGUAUAUUCAGCUGUUUGAAGCUGCUAUACAAAACACAACAAAAAGACACAAGCGAAACUUCAGCACGGUAAGCAUAGAAAUAGGGCACAUAGAACAGAUCUACCGCUUCUUAGACUUGCUUUCGAUAAGAAUGCCAGAUCUAUAAUUCACAUUUCUAUGUAAUUUGGUUGGGGUCGCCCAAAAAGUUAUAUAUUGCAGCUUUAAUGUUUGAACCACCAAGGAACAAUAGUAUAAUUUAUAUGGAGUCCUAUUUGCACCAGACUUUGAUUAUAGAAAUGCUUUUCUCUGAACUGUUAUAGAAUAGUAUUUUUAUGGAAACAGAGAGCAUGUGAUGGCUGCUGUGGAACAGUAUAAAAGUUUGUGAUCAUACGCACAUUCUUAAAAAACGUAGGUGCUGGGCUAAUAAAGAAUACUUAUGAAGAACAGGAAGGCCUGUUUACGCUCCCAAAAAAGCACUGAAUUGGGUGCAUAAACUGUGUGUGGGCCUUCCUGUUCUUUGCUGUGGUACAGUACACAUCUGUCUGAGGAAUGUGACAAAUAAAAGUAUCACGUUACGUGACGUUACACAGCAGCUGCAGAUCCAGAGCAGCCGGCAGAAGCCGCAAUUCUCCUUUUGGCAUCUGGUUACCUGCUCUAGUUACCAGAUUCCUCCUACUAAUUUACCAUCCCCCACUGACUAAUAGACUACAUUUCCCAGAAUUCAGUUGUAUUCCAUAGCUCAGCCAAUCAGAGUCCCUGUCUCUACUUAGUGCCCUACACAUUAUACAGAUUAUGGCAAUAAUAUGCCCUGUAUUAUCAUUUUAAUUCAGACCAUUUCUGUAUCAAGAAAUACUGUGUAUAUCAGCCCUAUGAAACUGUUAUUGCCUUAGUCUGGUCUGGAUUUGUGAGACAAUGUAUAUACAAGAUAAGUAUAUUUUUGUGUGUCUUUUGAAUAAUGCUUGAAAGGGAAGACAGUCCUGGUAAAAGCUGCUUGUGUUAUUUACUGUAAAAGUGUUCUGAAGGGCUUUGAUGUUGUAGGCCUCUUCUAUGCGCAUUUCAAAUGGCUGUAGUUCAAUGACAUUGCCUAAGUUCACAGCAUGCUCCCGGAGUAUCUAUAACCAGAGACAUGCUUAAAACUCAUCAAAUUGCAGGCAUUUUGUUGAAAGCCUGAAAAACAUGGUAUUGAAAUGCAUCUGCGCUUCUGCAGAAAACAGGCUUAACAACUGUAAGUAUUCAGCUGCAUGAAUAUUUUUUUAUAUAAGAGGUGAAAUUCUGCACUGCAAGAAUCAUUUUCUUAUUUCUGCAAUAGUAUAGGCUAACCAAGUGUCUCUGGGUGUACGGUUAUGUAUGAGUGUUUAUGGUUUAUUAUGGUGCGUAGCAUGACCAUAAACUGGUCCAGGCUGCCCUCAUGUUUAUUUCUAACCCCUCCCCCUAAUGUAGGUCAAAGAUCUUACUAUGCCCGUAAGCUAUGUGCUCAUAUGAUUGGCUGUUUGUUUGUUUUAAUAGCUGUUACUGUACAGUCUUGUCCUACUGUAUGGAACUGGACUGACUCCCUCUACUGGAAGUUUGAAAACUACCAUUAACUCAAAUGUUUCAAUUCAGAAGUCCCUUUACCUUGUGGCGGAUUUACCUACUGUAUAAAAGCAACGCUAACUGUGCCAAUGAAUGUCAUGCUGUUAUUUUUUUUUUUAAAUAUGUUUUCCAACUUUUUAAGAUUUAUAAUUUUUUUGCAUGAUCUGAAUCUGUUGAGUUUGGAGCUGCUUUUUGAAUUCACUGUGGAAUGUGAGACGACUUACAAAAGUAAACCGUGCCAAUGGAUUUAAAGCAAUUUAUGAAAAUGUAUUUUCUUGAAAACAUUUUGUGCAUGUUCUGCAGUUGCUGUUUAAGUGUGGAAUUUGUUUCUGAGAAUUUUACUUGGAGGAAUAUCCAUUUUGAUGUUUAAUAAAAUGUAAUGCGCCGUUGCAAUAGAUUGGAA